GUCAGCAGAGCGUGCUGAACAAAGCCACGAGAAAGGAGAGGGAGAGAAAGAGAGAGAGGGGAGCUUCUGGGGAAGAAAUGUCUCUCGCUGACUCUGUCGCCUCGACAACCGGAUAUCGGUGCGUGGAGCAGAUCCAACUGCAGAGGGCAAGUUCAGCUUUCUAAAAGUGGACCGGGGAGGCCUGAACACUCCACCUGUGAUUCCUGGGUAAUCAGCCUCAGGGCGGAGGACAGCUUUUGUUUCUUCUUCAUCACCAUGCAGUGUUUCACCUGACUGACCUUUAAGCUCACUUCUAAAGAGUCCGGAUGAAUCGCUGCAGUUAGAGAGCUCACUACCAUCAGCAUGCAAACUGUCUGCAGUAGCAUAUCAUGAGCAUGAGAGUUUAAAUAAGAGGCACCCAUUGACAUCAUUAGGCAAGAGCUGUCCAUCACAGGAGAUAAGCCAGCAACAGUUUCUAAUACCCCGCUCGCUCUUUCUGUCAGUAAUUAGGCAGGUGCCAGCAUGGAUGUGGAGGACGAGGCGCUGCUGUUUGGCACCAGCUGGGGAGAUGAGGAGGAAGAGGAGGAGGAUGGGGAGACGCACGCUGCCGGGCAGAGCUGUUUGUCGGGGAGUGAAGGGGUUUGUGGGGUUUGGAGUGGAGUGGGGUGGGUGUACACACAACCCUGGGCCAGUGGGGUGGUUUUAGGGGUAGCAUUCCUCAUGCCCUCUGCCCUGUUCGCCUACAUGCUGCUCUACUGCCCUCCUCUGGACAUAGAUCUCUCCUACAGUGCCUUUGAGGUUCACAGUCACUUCUCAGCUGAGCGCUUUGAUGCUCUCACUGUUGCUGUGAGGACUCAGCUUGGGUCUUGGGACAGACGCAGGCGGGACAUAGAGGACAUGGAGUCUGAGGCUCUAAAGGAGCUUCUCCUGGAGAAGCUGGAUGAAAAGGGGGUUUUCAACUGGACAGAAAGGAAGAAGGUAAAGUCCUCCUUUCAACCAGAAAACACUUUAAGAACAGAAGGUGAUCAGAGAGGAGAAGCAGAAACUGAGCCUGACGCAGGUAUGGGAGGAAUAAAGAUGGACAAGAGCUUAAAUCCAAGAGCUGAAGAGGAACAAGGAUUAAAAGAUGGAAAUUCCUCCUUUUCACUCAUUAGGAGGCGCAGAUUUGCUCCUAAUUACUACAUGCAGAGCCAGGCUCUGUGGAAGAUUGAGCUGGUUUUUGUAGCUCAGGGGAAAGGUGAGCGCAACAUCUUCACCCCAGAGCGUCUGGAGACAGUUCACCAUGUGGAGCGUCUGCUCAUGCAGCAUCCUCAGUUUCAUCAGUUCUGUUGGAAACCUAUGGAGAUAUUAAGGGAUCUGCCUCUGGGGCCUUCUUAUUGCUCCCCACCCAGCUCACUUCUGUCUUACCUCUACCCCAGUGAGAAGGCGGGGAAGAUAUACUAUGAUGGCAUGGGCCCAGAUCUGGCUGAUAUUCAAGGUUCCCUGAGUCUGGCCAUCACCCACCCACAGUUCUACUGGUACGUGGAUGAAAGUCUCUCCCCUGAGCAUCUCUCUUCAGCCCUUUUACGCAGUGAGAUCCACUUUGGAGCUCCCCUGCCGUCCUUCUACUCCCUGCAGGAUCGAGCAGAUGAGCAAAGAGCUCGCUUCAAAAACUUUGUGGUUCAGUAUGCAGGCAUGCUGGCCAAGCAGUCUACCAGUGAGGUGAAGGUGCUGUAUGGGGGGACAGAGCUGUUUGAUGAUGAAGUGAGACACACCUUUUAUAAUGAUAUGAUGCUGGCUGUCAUCAGCGGAGCUUGCAUCACUGCGCUCGUCUACUUUCUCACCUCCUUUUCUGUCUUUCUGACGUUCUUUGGACUCGCCAGCAUCGGAUUGAGCUGCUUGAUGGCUCUUUUUCUCUACCAUGUUGUCUUUGGAGUGAGGUACCUCGGCAUUCUCAACGGAGUGGCAGCGUUUGUCAUCAUUGGGAUUGGUGUGGAUGAUGUGUUUGUGUUCAUCAGCACCUUCAGACAGGCCUCCCAUCUACGGCACCCUCAGGAGCGAAUGAUCUACACCAUAAAAACCGCCGGCAGGGCGACGUUCCUCACCUCCUUCACGACUGCAGCUGCCUACGCCGCCAACACCUUUUCUCAGAUCCCAGCCGUGCAUGACUUUGGCCUAUUCAUGGCCCUCAUUGUCAGCUGCGCCUGGCUUUGGGUGUCUGUCCUGAUGCCAGCAGCCCUGUGUAUCUGGACCCAGCAUGUGGAGCCUCACGAACAUGACUGGUUAAACUGCGUGAAGUUGCUCUUAGGCUUGUCAGCGAGCUACAGCCCUUUGUCAGAUGAGGAUGAUGAUGUGGCACUUCUGUCGGUGGACAUGGAGCCAGGCUCCUGUGACACAGACAGCGAUGCAGCCAUUCUUUCCCUCACAGUGGAGACACCAUUAUCCUCUACAGGACAGCAGCAUAUGGGUGUGGUUAGCACAAAACUCCAAUGGGGCCUGAAGCACUUAGUGGCGCUGCCUGCUGUGAGGCAUCGGAAAGCAGUUUUAGGCGUCUUUCUCCUGGUUCUGGUCUUCUCUGCGGGUUGCUGCUGUCUCCUGAGACCAGCCACCCAUGCCCCCCUCCUGUUCCGACAGGACACAAACCUUCAGACUCUGCUGGCUCUGCGCAGCAACCUCAGUGGUCAGGGAAUCUCCUGCCCCAUGUGCUCAGGUGUGUUCAUGGAAAAGCCCCACCUUCUGUACACACACACUCCUUCAGGUUUGAGGUUUUCCACACAUCAGCGAAGUCAAAGCCCAACAGCCUCAACUGCCCCCAAAAUCUCAAUCAAAACAAACCCAGGCACAAACACAACAGGCUCCUUGCUGACUGUGUACAUGUCAAAGCUGGUUCAAGGAGGCUCCACAACAAUCUACAGAUUCUCUCUGAACACCAGCGUCCCAUCACCGUGGAAAGUGUGCAGCACAGAGCACGAUGAGGUGUCGUCAUUCCAGGCAUUUAGUCAUCCCUUCGACAAUUACACCAGCAGAAUGACAGUGUGUAUUUCCAGAGAGUACCGGCCGUACCCCAGCUGGAUGCUCACGUCCAGCUCGUGUGAUCCCCGCCAUGGCUGGACUCCAGAGUUUUCUUUUUAUGUUGCAGCGUCUCUGCAGCAGAAUAGCAGGAGGCUUUAUUUUGCUCAGUGCCACCAGAGACCUCAUCCCAGCAGACUGUGUGUCAAAACGCCUGGUUGUGGCUUCAGUUCUGGGCCUGAUGGCCCCUUAAAGGGAUCUUUUUAUAGCCCUCUCCCCAGCGAUUCCUCAUCCUCUGCCAAGACAAAAGCAUCCAAAACGUCCGGCUUCAACCCGUGCAUGGGCGGCGCCUGUGGUCGCCCAGCUGUGCGUCCUCUGGUCGACACCGGGGCCAUGGUUUUCGUCGUGUUUGGGAUCCUGGGAGUGAAUCGAAGCGAAAACAGGGAAAACCAUGUGAUUGGAGACAUGGGCAGUGUUAUACUAGAUCCAGACUUUGAUAUUUUCAAAGAGAUGGGCCAUCUUUGCAAAAUCUGCAAAGCUGUCGGUGCCAACAGAAAACUGGUGAAGCCAGGAGGAGCUCAGUGUUUGCCCUCAGGAAACAAGCUCUCCUCUGUUCUUCCUCUGCUCCAUCCUGAGUGCCAAUCUCUGCCUGAACCCAACCUCCUCCCUGGGCAGCUCUCCCACGGAGCAGUAGGGAUGCAUGGAGGGAAGGUUCGCUGGUUGUCCAUGGCCUUUGAAUCGACCACAUACAAGGGGAAGUCCUCCUUUCAGACCUAUUCAGACUUCCUUCAGUGGGAGAACUUCAUCCAGGAGCAGCUUGCCAGCCUCCCACCCACCUCUGCUCUCCAGCGAGGUUUCCAGACAUGUGAGCACUGGAAGCAGAUCUUCAUGGAAAUUAUAGGUGUGGAAAGUGCCCUCUGGAGUCUCCUGCUCUCUCUUGGGAUCUGUGUGGCUGCUGUCUCCGUGUUUACAGCACAUCCUCUGCUGCUGCUGCCUGUGCUCAUCACAAUUAUAGGAGUGAUCUGUCUUGUCGUGGCUGUCAUGUAUUGGCUGGGAUGGGAGAUGGGAGCAGUGGAGGCAAUUUCUCUGUCAAUACUUGUCGGAUCUUCUGUGGAUUACUGUCUGCACCUGGUGGAGGGAUACCUGCUGGCUGGGGAGACGGCUUCCACGAUGCCUGGACAGAACUCUGAGCCUUCAGCUGAGCGGAAGAGGCGAACUUUGGAGGCAGUGAACCAUGUGGGCGUUGCCAUAGUGUCCAGCGCUGUCACCACAGCAAUCUCCACAGUCCCUCUUUUCUUCUGCGUCAUUGUGCCUUUUGCCAAGUUUGGUCAGAUCGUGGCCAUUAACACAGCUGUCUCCAUUUUGUUCACCUUGUCCGUGACCUCUGCCUUGUUGGCUUGCAUGGGUCCGGCCCAUUUCAACAGACAUCCCAGAGCAGUGCUUAAGGCCAGCCUAGCCGUGACGGCAGCUGCGGCCUUAGGAGGGGCUCUGUGCUGGACCGGCCGACAGCUGGGGGCAUCGGCCUGGAGAUCGCUCAGCUCAUAAACUCCACUGUCCUCUGCUCACACUGAUGUCAGACAUGAGUAAUGUAUUCUCCUUUACCUUCAAGGGGAUUAAUAGAUCAGAAAGUGAUCUUUAAAGCACAAAGAUGUCAACACAGCCUCAGUAAUUUAAAGCUAUUUGUUAUCCAAGAACAGAUUUUAGUAAUCAGCUAACCUGGGUUAUAAAAAACAAAACUUUUAUGUCUUGGAUAUCUUCUAAAAGUCCAGUGUAACUAUAUGACAAACGUUUUUAUAUUUUAUUUCACAACCACAUAUUUAUGUGUGAAGGGAUUUUUGUGACAGAUCAACACAAAGUAGCACAUAGCUGUGCAAUGGAUGGACACUGUAUAGUUUCCAAACCAUUUAAAAACCUGAAACUGUUUGUCUUCACCAGCUUUGCACAUUAAAGGUUUGAAACUUAUUCCCAUUUUUCUUAAAAGAAAAACACCUAAAACUGUGGAUUAAGAUUAAUUAUUCUGUACAUUUUUGCGCUAUUUCUUUUAAAUAUAUGAGGAUUUUAACAGUCUUAAAUGUCUCCAUAUUCCUUUGUAAUAAUAAUGAUUUACAAUAAACUUAAACUCCACUUACCAAUAAGGUGAGUGCUGCCCUGAAUUUUAUUUAGGGGUGUCAACAUUUUAUAGUUUCAGGUAUUAAAAUAUUGGAAAAAAAACGUAUUUCCAUAAAAUGUAGGUACUCCUUUGUUUUGAUCAAUUGCAUAAAAUCCCAAGUUCUUAAACCUGUAUUUUUAAGUGCUUUAUUGAGAAACGAGUUCUCAUUUAGAAGAAAAACCUGUUAGCUGGUGUACUUUUGGCUUUGAAUGUGACCAAAUGUGGAAGUAUUUGUCAUGAAGGGUUACAGGGGGCAAAAUGAAAUAAAUAUGAAAUAAAUGAAUAUGAAUGGACCAUAAAAUACAUAAAUAAAACCUAGAAAAUAGAUUUAUUAAUGGCUUUAUUUAAGAAAUAAAUACUGUCAACAUAUGGACAAUACAAAAAGAAGUGCUGAUAAUUAAAUAUGCCUUUAAAAUUAUGAAAUUAAAUAUUAGUCUUUUUUUUUUAAAUAACUAAUUAUAUAUAUAUACAUAUAUACAUACAUACACACACUUUUUUCAUUAAACUUUUCAUGUAGUUAAGGUUAUAUUUUGUGUUUUUAUGGUGCUUUAUUUCAUUAUAUAGUUAUUCAAUUUAUCCCCGCUAACCCUCAAUAAUUUAGUGAUUUAAUACUUUUGCCAAAAAUCUAUGUUUUGUUGUCUCACCUUCCACUUUGAAUAGUUGCUGUUCUUAUUUUGCACCACUUUGCUGAUGGGUUUGUUGACACUGUUGAAAGACGGCGAUCUGAUUGUGACCACUGACUGUAAUGUUGGCUGUUCGAAAGACUUCUUGUUUUCUGCAACAUCCUUUUUUUUAUUCCUUGUGUUUUCUGGAAAGCCUUUACUAUUUCCACCUGCAGCUGGAUGAAAAGUUGCAUCAUCUGAAUUUAUACUGUUUGGUUUAAUGUAAUGUGUGAUGUAAAUGUUCUGAACUUCUGGGAGCUGCUAACACACCUGUGUUAAAUUCUUUUUACGUGAUCAGAUCUUUAACUGCUUCAAGGUUUUUGUAACAAAAGGAAAAAAAAAAAACAAAUAGAAAGAAUCCUCUCUUCCUGUCCUCAGGUGUACACUCCAUCACACUUAAAAAGCACUUGAUGUAACCCUUCACGUGCUCUCACAGCAAAGAGCAGCACUCAAACACCCAUCAGCACCAGCUACGCUCUACCCUGCAGUGAAGGUGAGGACCAUUUGUCAAAAUCACAUAAGAGAGAGGGACCAACUCAGUCAAAGCAAGAGUGCAACGUUUCUGUUUUGUCUCUGCUAUAGUUGUGAGUGUUAAAUAAAGCAGGUGCAGAAAGCCUUUUGUCUUCUCGUUAGUGAAAGGUCAGCGAUGCGUCCUUGUGCUUUGUGGCAUAACGGAGGAUGGAGAGGAGUCCCAAUCGUUUACAGUCACAUAAUUACAGUGAGAGAGAGACAGCAUCACAUCUCUGACAGGCUAUUAAUCUUCUAUAUGAAACAACUCAGACUGUCAUAACUGGAGAGCAGUGUGUUAUCAUGCAAAAAAAAGUAAAACCAGAAGGAUAUUUAGAUGCAGUACAUAGUAUUGCAUGGUGAAAAGUCAGAAAUUCUUGGUGUAUUGUUAUGAAACCUGAAAUGAAAUAAAUGUAUUGCAGCAGUGAAAGAGACAUUGAGUUUUUGAUCAGUGGUCCGUUUGUAAAACUGAAGGAGUUUUGUUACAGAGCUGAUUCCUGAACAGAUCCGUAUCUACAGCAUAACAUACAUAUAGUAUAUAAGCAAUGUUUUUUUUCAUACCAAUUAAUAAAUGUUCACCAGAAGCUGAAAACAGCCUGAUUAAUUCACUCAUACAUAAAAAUACAGGGUUUACACAAAGAAAACACGGUUUGUAACCAAAAAAGCUGAAAUCAGUAGAUAGAUAGCAUACCUGCUGUUAUGUGCAAAUGAAACAAGCAGGUUUCAUUAUGAAAGCUUUUUUCUUACCAAAGUAUUGCAGUGAGGGGAACCAAUAAAGGAAGCGAAGAGACUUUCAUAAAAG